AUGGAGACCUGGGAAGGACUGGGAGCCCCCCUGCUGACUCUCAGUGGGGAGCAUGGCCCCAACUGGAAUCCAGGAGUGGUCAAUUAUACUGGGACGGCCGAGGUCCAGUUUGUUUUCGAAGGCACCUACCGAGGCAAACCUGGCCUGGCAGUGGACAGCGUCCACAUCUCACCUUGUGAAGAGGUUUUCGCCCAGUGCGACUUCAACGACAACGCAAAUCCCUUCUGCGGCUGGGUCGGUUCUGGUGACGAUGACGUCUCCUGGACACGGACCAACCAUUCCACCCCGACCGAAGAGACCGGGCCCCCGGGAGAUUACCCCGAUGGAAAGGGCUACUACAUCUACGCAGAAGGGGGCUCCUUGAAACCGGGCCAGUCCCUCCGCCUGACCAGCCGGGCCUUCUGCACCGACACCGAGGCCUGUGUGGAGUUCUAUUACUACAUGCACGGCAUUGUGCAAGUCCAGACGCAGCUCCGGGUGCUGCUGGAGGGGCCUUCUGGAACAGAGGUCCUGCUCUGGACCCGGGGCGGGAUCCAAAGCCCCGUGUGGCUCUUGGGAUCCGUGACAGUGCCGUACGGCGGGCCGCAGCCAAGCAGGGUGCUUUUUGAGGUGGUUCGGGGGAGCCACCCUUACCUGGACGUGGCCCUGGACAACAUCUCCGUGCGCAGAGAACCUUGCUCAGGCUCUGGAACGCCACUUCCUCCGACCACUUCCUCCAUUGCCACAUCAACCCACGCUGGCCCUGUGGUGACCCUGCCGCCCUGGAGUCCUGGAACGUCGCGCUCCACAACCACCAGCUCUGCACCCACCAGCCACGUGGUUCCAACAACCCACAGCAACACCACUCCCCAAGACCCCACUCUGACCAGCCCCACCACCACAACCACCACCACUACAUCAAGCUCUACUGCCACCACCAGAGACAGCCAUGUUAGCAACACUACGCCAACCACCUCUGGUCAAGACAACCAGACCACGCCUGGGGUCCCCAAACCAACAAGCCAUCCCACCCCAGCUGCCCCUACUACCAGCAAGGCUAGCACAACUAGCAUGACAGCCAGCCCCUGGAACACAACCACCACUGCUGCUAUCACAACCAGCGACUCCAAAACAAGCACAACUAGCACAACAGCCAGUCACGGCAACAUAACCAGCACUCCCACCACCAGCGUCUCCAAGACAAGUACAACUAGCACAACACUCAGCCCUGGGAGCACAACCACCACUGCUGCUAUCACAACCAGCGACUCCAAAACAAGCACAAUUAGCACAACAACCACCCACGGCAACACAACCACCACUCCUGCUUGCACCACCAGCAUCUCCAGGACAAGCACAACUAGCACAACAGCAAGCCCAGGGAGCACAACCACUACUGCUGCUAUCACAACCAGCGACUCCAAAACAAGCACAAUUAGCACAACAGCAAGCCAUGGCAACACAACCAGCACUUCUGCUCCCACCACCAGCGUCUCCGAGACAAGCACAACUAGCACAACAGCUAGCCCUGGGAACACAACUACCACUGCUGCUAUCACAACCAGCGACUACAAAACAAGCACAAUUAGCACAACAACAAGCCACGGCAACACAACCUCCACUCCCGCUCCCACCACCAGCGUCUCCAAGACAAGCACAACUAGUACAACAGCCAGCCACAGCAACACAACCACCACUGCUACUAUCACAACCAGUGACUCCAAAACAAGCACAACUAGCACAACAGCUAGCCACAGCAACAUAACAACUACUGCCACUCCCGCCACCAGCUCGACACACCACACACAACUGCCCAUUACGAGCCAGACAAGCCCCACCCAUGGAAGCACCACCAGUACACCAACUAUGACCAGCCAAGGCAGCUUCACUACUAGUACCACUAGUCCAGCCACCACCUCAACCAGUAGUGACUCCAAGACAAGCACAACGAGUACAACAGCCAGUCAAGACAACACAACAGUGGCUACCAGUCCCAGCACCACUCCCAGCCCAACACAGCUGCCCAUUACAAGCCCCACCAGUGGUAGCCGGCCUAGUACCACCACAGGCCACACCAGCCAUGUUACAACAGCUGGCAGCAGCACUAGCCACCCCUCUGUUACCACGGCUGGGCCCACCCCUCCAAAGAGUAGCACUACAGCCACUACUCACAUCAGCCCCUCCACCUCUCUGAGCAGCCAUACUGCUCCCAGCCACAACCAAACGAGCGCUACCCAGGGAAGUCCAAGCCCUGGUCACACCACUGCUUCCCCAUCAACCACCAGGCAAACCAGUCCCAUCACCACCAGCACAGCCACCACAAAAAUAACCACCAUUAGCACAACCACCAUCAGCAGCAGCCCAACAACUCACACUACUGGCCAUCCAACGACUACCUCAGGAACUACCCUGCAGGUCAACACAACCACCACCCAGAGCUCCACCACCCUCACCACUUCGCCCCACACCAGCUCCACCAUCUUGUCUCCAGGCGGCCCGACAAGCGGACCCCCCAGCCCCACUGUAACCAGGACCACGACUCAUGGAAAGACCACCAGCACUGGCCCCCUUCUGACCAGCUCUGUGAGUCCAAGCACACUGCACACAACCAUGGUCAGCCAUGUCAACGCCACAUCCACAACGGCCAGCACCAAGUCCACACCGACAACCCCAGGCUGUGGCCACUCUAGCCCUACCACCACUAGCCCAAACAGCACUCACACCAGUGCAACAACCAUUGCCAUCAUCACAACUAAAAGCAGUGUUGAUACUACCGUCAGCACUACCACCAGACCACCGAUAAGGACAACCACGACUCAACACACCACUAGCCAUGCGGCCAUUGAGUCUAGCCGGACCACUAUCACCACCACGGAAAGAAGCAGCACCAAAAUGCCUGUUAGCCCAGAGGCUACAACCACAACAACAACACUUCAAACGACCACAGCAAAGCCCAUCCCAACACAAGGGGCCUCCACAGGGACCAUAGUCACAAGCACAGUGCCAGUGGCACCUCCAGACCAAGGGAUCUGCACCAUCUCGGGAGACCCCCACUACACGACCUAUGACGAGCGGCUCUUCCACUUCAUGGGCACCUGCACGUACCUGCUGUCUACCGUCUGCAACGCCACAUCGGACCUUCCCACCUUCAGGGUCCAGGCCACCAACGAACACCGAGGGGCCAACAAGCAAGUCUCCUACGUCAAGUCCGUCCGUGUGGAAGUCUAUGGGAUUGAAAUCGUACUCCUGAAAGCGCGAAGGGUCACUGUGACCGGGCAGAGAGUGACCUUGCCAGUUUCAGUAGCCGAAGACCGGGUGUCAGUGCGACUCAGUGGCACGUUCGUCUUGAUACAAACGGAUUUUGGCCUCUCGGUGCGGUUUGAUGGGAACCAUCAUGCUGAAGUCUCCGUCCCACCAUCUUACUAUGGAUAUGUUUGCGGCCUCUGCGGGAACUACAACGGGGAAGUGUCAGAUGACAACCUCAUGCCUGAUGGCACUUCAGCUGGGACAGACGCCGACAAACUGGGAGAGAGCUGGCAGGUCCCGGAUGCAGGAGAUGAAGGCUGCAGCAACACGGGGGACCCAGGAGAGUGCGACAAGGAUCUUGCGGCAGAAGCGGAGAAGCCUUCCAGCUGCGGGAUCCUGACAGACCCCCAAGGUCCGUUCUCCCCUUGUCAUAGCAAGAUCCCUCCCGAGGGUUUUUUCGAGAGCUGCGUCUAUGACUUCUGUGGCACCGGUGGGGACACGAGCACCCUCUGCUUUGCGCUCCAGUCCUACGCUGACCGCUGCGCCCAGGCUGGGGUCAACAUCGCUUGGAGGAACAACAGCUUCUGCCCCCUGAACUGCCCCCCUGGGAGCUCCUACUCCCCUUGCACCCCUUCCUGCCCGGCUACCUGUCUAGACGGCCCCUCCGAACCCGGCUGUCCCGGCCAGCCCUGCCUGGAGGGAUGUGUCUGCGACGACGACCUUGUGCUCAGCGGAGAGACCUGCGUUCCCAUCAGCCAGUGCGGCUGCACCGACGACAGCGGGCAGUACCACCCGGUCGGGGAUAGCUGGAUGGCCGACAGCAACUGCACCGAGCACUGCACCUGUGGGGCCCAGAACAACGUCACCUGCGAGGAGUGGAGCUGCAGCCCCGUCCAGGAGUGCCGGUCUGAGGAGGGCCUGCUGGGCUGCCAGGACACAGGUGUGGCGGCUUGCCACGUGGCCGGGGACCCCCACUACUACACCUUUGACGGGGCCAUGGUCUCCUUCAUGGGCACCUGCACCUACACGCUGGUGGGCCUCUGCCAGAGCGACCCCCGGCUGCCCUCCUUCACCAUCACGGCCAAGAACGAGGAGCGGGGGCAGCCCGAGGCCUCCUACCUGCGCCAGGUCACCCUCCAGCUGCAUGGAUACACCGUCACCCUCCAGAAAAGCCGCCGCGUCCUGAUCGAUGGGCAACGGGUCCGGACCCCCGUGGAGGGGCGCAUCCCAGGCGUCUCCAUCACCUCCAGCGGCAUCUAUGUCAUUCUGGAGACCGACUUUGGUCUGGUGGUAAAGUUCGAUGGGAACCACCAUUUGGAGAUCCAGCUCCCGGGGACUUACUUUGACAAGGUGUGUGGCAUGUGUGGCAACUUCAACAACCACUCCCAAGAUGACCUUCUGAUGCCAAACGGACACCUGGCCGCCAGUGACAGCCAGUUUGGGAACAGCUGGAAAGCCCCCGGAGAUGCUGACCCCGGUUGCCAGCCAGACGACCGUGAGGAUCUAGAGCCCCACUGCUCCCCAGAAGAGAUGGAGCGCCUGUCCGGCUUGUGUGGAGAGAUCCUGGGGCGCAAGUACCAGCGCUGCCAUGCCGUCAUCGACCCCAGGCCCUUCAUCCAGAACUGCCUCUUCGACCUGUGCGAGUACGACGGCAUGGCCUCCGUCCUGUGCGACAACGUCCAGUCCUACGUGGAGGCCUGCAAGAGCCAAGGCGUCACCGGACUCUCCUGGAGGAACAGCACCUUCUGCCCUCUGCCUUGCCCUCCGCACAGCCAUUACACAGAGUGCGCCUCUCCCUGCCCGGCCACCUGCUGCAACCUCUAUGCGCCGGCCACCUGCCAGAGCCGCACCACCUGCGUGGAGGGAUGUACCUGCGACCGGGGCUACGUCCUCAGUGAUGACACCUGUGUCUCCGCACACAACUGCGGGUGCCUGGACAGCCAGCACGAGUACCACAGCCCCGGAGACACCUGGGUGACCCUGGACUGCCGCGAGCACUGCACCUGUCUGGGGGGUGGGAAGAUCUCCUGCCGGGCCUUUGAGUGCCUCUCCGGGUCUCUCUGUGUCCUCAGCAGCACCGGGCAGCGCUUCUGCCAGCCCAGAGAAUUCCACCAGUGCGUGAUCUCCGGGGACCCCCACUACCGCACCUUCGACCGCUUUGUCCACCACUUCCAGGGCCGCUCCACCUACGCCUUGAGCCAGACCCUCCUGGACCUUCCUUCGGUGCUGGAGCCCUUCUCGGUGGCUGGGCGGAACCGGCGUCGUUUCCCCUUCCACCGCUUCUCCUUCCUGCGCGAGGUCUACAUCUCUGUCUACGGCUAUAGCAUCACCCUCAUGCAGCGGCGCAAGAUGCUGGUGAACGGCCUGGCAGUCACUCCGCCCUUUGCCACUCUGGACGGGUCACUCCAGAUCUCCCAGCGGGGCCUGAGGCUCCUCCUGCAGACGGACUUUGGCCUCACGGUCUCCUUUGACGGCAGGGAUUUCGCUGAGAUCACUCUUCCCAGCACCUAUCAGAACCGCGUGGGUGGACUCUGCGGCAAUUACGACGGACGGCGGAACAACGAAUACAUGAGGCCUGACGGAACCUGGACCCGGAGCCUCAACACCUUUGGCAACAGCUGGGAGGUCUCCGUCCAAAGGGAGAUGAAGGCCGGCAUCCGCACCCGGAACAGGCGCGAGGAGCCAUCCGACGACGAGGAUGUGGAGACAGGGUUCGACAUCGACUGCAGCCCGGAGCAGCUCAUGUUUGUGAAUGGGACGGAUGUCUGCGGGGCCCUGUCCGACCCCGUGGGGCCUUUCUCAGCCUGCCACAGCAAGGUUUCCCCAGACACCUUCCAAGAGAGCUGCGUCUACGACCUCUGCGCUUUGUUCAACGACACGGAGCUGCUGUGCCAAGACUAUGAGGCCUAUGCCCAGCUCUGCCAGGAGGAAGGGGUGCCCUUGGAGGCCUGGAGGCGGCAAACGGGAUGCGAGGUCUCUUGCCCCCCACACACGACGUAUCAGCCUUGCAUGACCGCCUGUCCUGCCAGCUGUGCCAACAUGGCCGCUCCCUCCGACUGCGAGGCACCCUGCAUGGAGGGAUGCGCCAGCAACACGGGCUACGUCCUCAGUGGCCUGGACAGCGUGCCCUACAACCAGUGUGGCUGCACCUGGAACAACCAGUACUACCAGAUCAACGACAGCUUUUGGACGGAGGACUGCUCCCAGCGCUGCUUCUGCCGCACCACGGGGCCCCCGGAGUGCCAGGAUGCCGGAUGCGCCCCGGGGGAGGCCUGCACCCUGGCCAACUUCACCCGCGGCUGCUUCCAAGUGACCCCCUGCCUGAGCAGCCCCUGCCAGAACGAGGGCACGUGCCUGGACGAGUCCGAAGGGUUCCUGUGCCUUUGCCCCGAGGGAUACGCGGGGCCCCGGUGCGAGGAGGCCCUCCUGGAUGAGGCCCCCGCCACGAGCCUGCCACUCCACACCACCACCAGCAGCCCCACCACAAGUGACAAGGCAGACUCCGACCUGGUCCCGAUCCUGCUGGGGGUCCUCAUUCCGCUGGGGAUCAUCCUCCUCGUGACGGCCACUGUCUGCAUCUGUCGGCACAAGAACAGGAAGAAGACCAAGGAGGACCGCAUUGCCGUCUUGUCUGCACCAGGGCAGUCCAGCACUUCAGAUGCCUUUGGCAAUAGGAUCACUCGCUUCUGAGCUUCCACGUUCCUCGCUGAGCAGAUUCCUUCUUUCUCGCCUGGUCCUCUGAGCUGGAUGUGUCCAAGCUUUGGCCUUUGCUUAUGGAGGAGAAAGAGACGCUCGCAUUGGAGCCUUGCGUGAGGUUCUUCCCACAAAGAACGGGGAGCCGUGCCUUCCCUCCUGGACCCGGACUGGGAGGAAGAAAAGACACUUUGGAGAGACACUCACACCUGAGCUGCCAGCCUGUGUCCACUUCCACAUCCCUUGGUAGAGACUUGUGUGGCUUCCGGAGAGACUCUUGAAUCUCGUGCUCGGAAAGAGGCCUGCCGGUCAACCCCAAACCCUCCUAAAUUAUUGUGUUCCCAGCCUGGUCCCCUUCAAAGGACUUGUGUUCUGCCUCUGCAUCAGGCAUGGGCAAACUUGGGCCCUCCAGGUGUUUUGGACUUCAACUCUAAUAAUAAUAAUAAUAAUAAUAAUAAUAAUAAUAAUAAUAAUAAUAAUAAUAAUGCCAUCUCCCCGAAGGGACUCGGGGCGGCUUACAUGGGGCAGAGCCCAACAACACAGUUAAAAUGUAAUUACAUAAAAAUGCAAUUCACAAUACAACGGAACAGAACAAAACAUUAUAACAGUAAUAAAAAAAAACAUCAACCAGGAACCAAUUUCAGUUCCUAUUGUCUUCGUGGGCAUAUGGACUAGUUAUAGCAAUAAAGGAUAGGCAGAUAAAUAAAGUGCAUAAUCAUAUACGGGUAGUAGUAAAGUGCAAGAAUAGAUUUUGAUUCCUACAAGCCUAUGGGGAGUUGAAGUCCAAAACACCUGGAGGGCCCAAGUUGGCCCAUACAUGUACCUGCUGACUUUUGUUUUGAAAUACAGCCUUCCUUUUCUGCAACAAGAGGCUUCCUUUGUCAAGUCUGUUUGUGGGAAGGCCUGUGGCCUGCUCUCUCUGCUCCUCUCUCUUAUCACCAAGAGUGUGUUCAAUCAAUCCAGGCUGCAGCCAUACACCUGGAGAAGCACCAACAUACGAGGGCUAUCCAGAAAGUACAUUACGUUUUGGAAUUAAAAAUGAACAAAGUACAGUAGAGUCUCACUUAUCCAACAUAAACAGGCCGGCAGAACGUUGGAUAAGCGAAUAUGUUGGAUGAUAAGGAGAGAUUAAGGAGAAGCCUAUUAAACAUCAAAUUAGGUUAUGAUUUUACAAAUGAAGCACCAAAACAUCAUGUUAUACAACAAAUUUGACAGAAAAAGUAGUUCAAUAGGCAGUAAUGUUAUGUAGUAACUACUAUAUUUACGAAUUUAGCACCAAAAUAUCACGAUAUAUUGAAAACAUUGACUACAAAAAUGUGUUGGAUAAUCCAGAACGUUGGAUAAGCGAAUG